AUGCGUUCCAGUGUGGAUGGACCACAGUGCCCACUUGGGAACGGAGGCACUAAUGGCAGCGGCAGCAACAACAACAACAACAACAACAGCACCAGCAGCAGCAGCAGGAACAAUGACAGCGCUGGAAACGCCGGCUCCCAGUACGCGCUGUGUGCUCUGGGAGUCGGCCUUAUCGCGCUCGGCGUGGUGAUGAUCGUGUGGAGCGUGGUGCCCGCCGAUCCCCCCGGGAAUAGCAGCAGCGUCAGUCCGGACGCAGGCGAUCCCAGCUACGGCCGGAGGAAUAAAGCGUCCUCCGUGGCCUUCGUGUUGGCGGGCUCCGGGGUCGCGAUGCUCAUGCUGUCCGUGUGUCUGGGGAUGAGGAACAAACAGCGGGAGCAGAUGAGGCUCCAGGAGGUCCAGAGUCGAAGAGAAGAGACGGCGAGGGAGCAAGAGGAGCGAGAAACCGAAGAGCAAGCCCAGCGCUAUGCUGUACCCACCUAUGAAGAGGCAGUGGGCAGUGGCCAGUACCCCGUCCGUCAGAGCAACCUGCGUCCAAGCACCUCGCAGCUGCCGUCCUACGAUGACCUGGUCCAAGUGGACGGCAUACAGUAUGAGAACGAGGGGUCGGAGGUCACGACGACGGUAUCGCCGCCCGCCCAAGCUCCCAGCAAUCCGGCUGCUCUUGCAGCAUCAGCGCAUAGACCCGGGAAAAAUAGCCGCCACUUCCUCCCUAUCAAGAUCCGCAGGAUAAAGUCAGAGAAGCUUCCCAUGAAAAACAGCAGCCACUCUCAGCCGGCAGCAGGAUUCAGUAUUGAGCCUCUCACACCGCCGCCGCAGUACGAGGAUAAAGUGCCUCCGCUUUAA